AUGAAGCCCUUUAGCUUGCUUAUGUCAUGUGCCCCUUGGCUCGUCUCCGCUUCCCCCGCGCCCACGGCCUUUAACCAAUUCAACGACAAUCCUCCAAACCCCGUUAUUACUCCGUCCCCAAUCCAGAAGAACCCUUCCCCCGUCGUGCAUCGAGACAUCCUCAGCGAUGUCGAAUCCGAUAUCAGCAAUGUCCUCUCGGGCCUCGGCUCUGAUCUUCCCUCGUGGGUCGCCUCGGGAGUGCCCAACUUCUUCCAGGGUUUCCCGACCGGAGACGCGGUGGUCAGCUCCCUUGGAUUGAAAAGCUCGGAUUUGGCAGCAGUCCCGACCAAUGUGCUGAACAUUGACCCCUAUGCGAACUGGACCAGCUCCGGGUGGAAAGUUCGCUUCCACGGCAACGUGUACAAACAGCCCAAUACUUCGGUCUCCGAUCUGAACAAGCUCGCCAAUGUCUUCCUCAUCGAUACCAAAAUCACUGACCUCCCUGAAUCCGAGCAGGACCAGGCACGCAACCUGACGGCCGAAAUCUUCGUCGUUCAGCAGCCCCACGUCGCGGUCAAUACCAUACACCUCGAGCCGGCUGCGUCCCAGGGAUCUAGUGGACAGCCUGGGGGAGGUGGAUCAUCCAACACGACUGGAGGCUGGCAAAAUGUGACUCUACCCUACAAUACUACGGCCGAGGGCGAUUUCGAUGCCUUUGUCCCAAUUGCCAGCAACGGACUCAAGGCGGGCAAUCAAACAUCGGCGAUCCAGAGACUCAACACCUACGUCGAGGGCGCGUCUAUUGGAAAUGCCACCGCAUACCUGGUGCCCCCAACCGGAUUGACAGUCGUGUCUGAUAUUGACGAUAUCCUACGCAUCACCAAGAUUUAUGAACCGAAGGAAGGUCUGCUCAACUCUUUCGCCAAGCCUUUCACGCCGUGGGAUAAUAUGCCAGACAUCUACCGGAACUGGUCGACUAGCCUUCCGAACCUGCAUUUCCAUUACUUGACUACCACCCCCGAGCAAAUCACCAGAAACUACAUGCAAUUUAUCUACACCACUUACCCGGGCGGCUCUUUUGAUACCCGACCCCUCAACUUCAGCGAUGUUUCUGCCACGCUCUCGAUCCGCAAGUUCCUGCUGCAAAAGAUUUUCGAAACAUUCCCCGAGCGCAAGUUCAUCCUGAUCGCAGACACUAGUAACAGCGAUGUGAUGCGUGACUACCCCGAAAUGGCGAAGGAAUUCCCGGGACAAGUGCAGUGCAUUUUCCUUCGGAACACGUCUGCCACCGAUUCUGGCGACAAGUUCCCCUACGAUACCUCUGGGUUCAAGAAUCUGUCUCAGUCUCAGUACAUGUUUUUCCUCAACCCGGAUGACCUGACCAAUCUGGACAUCUCGAACGGAGAGUGCUAUAACAAGACGAUCCCUCAGAACCUGACAUUCAGUUACCAGGGGCUACCAUUAGGACUGGGAAAGCAUUCUGGGGCUGGUGGUGGGUUGUCAUCGAAAGAAGCAGUUGGUGCGAGUAGUCUUCUGGCGCUGGUCGCCUCGAUCCUGGCCUCGGCUUUCAUGUUCUUCUAG